GUGGGUUGAAAUUCCUAAUGUUGAGUGGGGAUGUCCAGUCACAGCCGCGCAGCUAGCUAGAUGCAACAGCGCUCCUAUACUUUAAAACCCCCGUCCCACUCUCUCGCUAUUCUAGCAGCUUAGUUUAUUUAAGCCAAAUGCAGUAAUAUUAUUAUUAUUAUUAUUAUUAUUAUUAUUAUUAUUAUUAUUAUUAUUAUUAUUAUUAUUAUUAUUAUUAUUUAAAUAAAAAAAGAUGUGGGACAAAGCGACAGUUUUCCUUCUAAAACUGUCCUGGACUUUCUGCCUGGUGUCUGCGAUUGCAAGGCGAGACCUCUUCCCUUACGGACCUCACAGCGGAGACUCCGCUCUCCCAGAAGGGGAUGACGAGACGUCCGAAGUGCUUACCUUGAAGAGACCGCUGUAUUUCUACGAGACAAAGUUCAGCGAGCUCUACGUGGGCACCAACGGGAUCAUCUCGCCGCAGGAUUUCCCUCGGGAGACGCAGUACGUGGAUGACGGUUUCCCAACAGAUUUCCCAGUCAUCGCCCCCUUCCUGGCCGAUCUGGACACGAGCAACGGGAAGGGAGCGAUCUACUACCGGGAGGACGACUCCACGGAGGUGCUGAUCCGGGCGGCCGAGGAAGUAAAGAGAGGCUUCCCCGAGAGCACCUUCAGCCCCACCGCCGCCUUCAUAGCGACCUGGGACAGCGUGGGGCCGUACGAGGAGCUGACGCGGAACUCGGUGCCUUCCAACAGGGUGAACACGUUCCAGGUGGUGCUGGCCUAUGACGACACAGACACCUUCGCCCUGUUCCUGUACCCGCACAAGGAGCUGCAGUUCUACGGCACGCGCCCCAAGGAGUCCUACAACGUGCAGCUGGAGCUGCCGGCGCGCGUGGGGUUCAGCCGGGGAGAGCUGAGCUUCCUGUCCCAGCGGAAAGAGGGGCCCUUCUACAGCGUGACCAGCAGCGAGCAGACCGUCAAGAACCUGCACCAGGUCGGGAACACCGGAGUGCCUGGGCUGUGGCUCUACCGCAUCGGGAGCAGCUUCCCCCUGGAUAACGUGGUUGCUGCGGAGGCCGGGGGUGCUCAGCCCGGUGGGGACUCUGUGGUGACUCUGGACAGUACCCUGAACAACCCGGGGUGGCCCAGCCAGCCCGAGCCUGACUACCCUGAACAGGACUACUCUGAGGAGAUCUACGAGGAUGAGGACGGGCAGGAGGAGGAGGAGGAGUAUCCCACGCCUUCAUAUCCAGAGCCCCCGGAGUCCAGUAACCACUACCCCGCCAGUGAAGACCCUUCGGAACAGCUCCCAGGCCCCGUCCCUGUGGCCACCCAGCCCCCCUCUGAAACUGACACUACCCAGCUGCCUGAACACCACCUUAAACAUGAGCCCUCUUACCCCCAGGCUUCCUACCCUGAUCCCUCUUACCCCCAGGCUUCCUACCCUGAUCCCUCUUACCCCGAGCCCUCUUACCCCCAGGCUUCCUACCCUGAUCCCUCUUACCCCCAGGCUUCCUACCCCGAACCCUCUUACCCCGAGCCCUCUUACCCCGAUCCCUCUUAUCCCGAUCCCUCUUAUCCCCAGGCUUCCUACCCUGAGCCCUCUUACCCUGAGCCCUCUUACCCAGAGCCCUCUUACCCCGAUCCCUCUUAUCCCCAGGCUUCUUACCCCGAGCCCUCUUACCCCAAUCCCUCUUACCCCCAGGCUUCUUACCCUGAGCCCUCUUACCCUGAGCCCUCUUACCCCAAGCCCGCUUACCCCCAGGCUUCUUACCCCGAGCCCUCCAACCCCCAGCCCCGGGAGGCAGACGUGCAGGCAGUGUACCCAGAGGGGGGUGUCAUCCCCUUGCCAGAGAGCAGCCCCCCCCACACACAGGGCAGGAGCGUGGUCAGCGUGGAUGAAGACGUGGACGUGGACGCUGGAGUGUUUGUGUACAACACAGAAAGCAGGGAGACCUGCGCUCAGUUUGAGGGGCAGUGCUCGCGACACGCCUACUGUUCCGAUUACUUGUCGGGAUUCUGCUGCCAUUGCCAGUCGGGUUACUAUGGAAACGGGAGGCACUGCCUGCCAGACGGAGUGCCCCAUCGCGUGAACGGGAAGGUGAGCGGGCGUGUCUUGGUGGGUGCCACGCCCGUGGACCUUGGCAGCGUGGACCUGCAUGCCUACGUGGUGGUGAGCGACGGGAGAGCCUACACGGCCGUCAGCCACGUCCCCGAGCCUGCCGGCUGGGCGCUGAUGCCCCUUUCCCCCAUCGGAGGCCUCUUUGGCUGGCUCUUCGCCCUGGAGCUGACCGGCCACGAGAACGGAUUCAGUGUCAUGGGUGCUGAGUUUGCCCGCUAUGCCGAUAUCACGUUCUACCCUGGGAACGAGAGGCUCAGUAUCAUCCAGAAAGCCCAGGGCCUGGACUCUCAGAACUACCUGACUGUGAGCACUGAGAUCCAGGGGCAGGUGCCCUUCGUGUCCCCCGGCGCCACUGUGCAGAUGGAGCCCUACAAGGAGCUGUACCAGUACCUGCCCUCAGUGGUGAAGUCGUCCUCACUCAGAGAGUACACCGUGCUGUCUGUGGGAAGUGGCUCCCAGACCUUCUCCUACCAGCUGAGCCAGAACGUGACGUACCAAGACUGCCGCCACCGCCACAGGAGCCUGCCGGACACGCAGCAGCUGAGCGUGGAGCGUGUCUUCAUGCUGUACAACAAGGAGGAGCAGGUGCUGAGAUACGCACUCACCAACCAGAUCGGCCCUGUCAGAGAGGACCCCGAGCCCGUGGUUGUGAGCCCCUGUUACGAGGGGACCCACGAGUGCGACAUGACUGCCCAGUGCAUCCCGGGUGAGGGAACCCAGUACCAGUGCCGGUGUGCCACCGGGUACAGAGGAGACGGGCGCAACUGCUAUGAUAUGGACGAGUGUGCGGAGGGCCUGAGCAGCUGUGGGAGUCACUCCCUGUGUGUGAAUCUGCAGGGCAGUCACCGCUGUGAGUGCCAGAGCGGGUAUCACUUCACUGUGGACGGGCGAACCUGCAUCGACAUCGACGAGUGCGCCAGUCCCAGGUGUGACCCCCACGCCACGUGCUUCAACACGCCAGGCUCCUUCCACUGCCGCUGUGUUCCGGGCUACAAGGGGGAUGGGCUCCAGUGCCUGGCGAGCCCUGAGCCCACGCAGCCCCCCAGGACGGCCUGCGAGCAGCACAGACACAGCCUGCAGGGGGAGCUGAGCCCCCGGGGGCCCCGCCCUGCCGUGGGGGCCUACGUACCACAGUGUGAUGAGGAGGGCAACUACCAGCCGCUGCAGUGCCACGGCUCCACAGGACACUGCUGGUGUGUGGACAGCAGGGGGCAGGAGAGGCCCGGGACCAGGACCCCCCCCGGCACCCCCCCGACCCGCUGUGACCUGCCAGAGCCCACGCAGCCCCCCAGGACGGCCUGCGAGCAGCACAGACACAGCCUGCAGGGGGAGCUGAGCCCCCGGGGGCCCCGCCCUGCCGUGGGGGCCUACGUACCGCAGUGCGAUGAGGAGGGCAACUACCAGCCGCUGCAGUGCCACGGCUCCACAGGACACUGCUGGUGUGUGGACAGCAGGGGGCAGGAGAGGCCCAGGACCAGGACCCCCCCCGGCACCCCCCCGACCCGCUGUGACCUGCCAGAGCCCACGCAGCCCCCCAGGACGGCCUGCGAGCAGCACAGACACAGCCUGCAGGGGGAGCUGAGCCCCCGGGGGCCCCGCCCUGCCGUGGGGGCCUACGUACCGCAGUGCGAUGAGGAGGGCAACUACCAGCCGCUGCAGUGCCACGGCUCCACAGGACACUGCUGGUGUGUGGACAGCAGGGGGCAGGAGAGGCCCGGGACCAGGACCCCCCCCGGCACCCCCCCGACCCGCUGUGACCUGCCAGCCCCGACACAGCGCCCCGAGAGCGUGUGCGAGCGCUGGAGAGCCAGUCUGCUGGAUCACUACGGGGGCAGGCCCGCCCCCCACCACUUCAUCCCACAGUGUGACGACCUGGGGCUCUUCAACCCCCUGCAGUGCUACGGGGACAACAGCUACUGCUGGUGUGUGGACCAGGACGGCAGGGAGCUGGAGGGGACCCGCUCCCAGCACGGAGUCACCCCGGCAUGCAUCCCGACCGUGGCUCCUCCCACUCUGCGGCCGACCCCGCGCCCCGAUGUGACCCCGCCCCCCGCCGGCGUGGUGCUGCUCUACGCUCAGGGACAGCAGAUCGGCUCCCUGCCUCUGAACGGGACCCGGCUCAGCAUGGACAAGGCAGCCGUCCUGCUGGCUCUGCAUGGCUCCAUCGUGGUUGGGAUUGACUAUGACUGCAGAGAGAGGACGGUGUACUGGACAGACGUGGCGGCUCGAACCAUCAGCAGAGCCAGCCUGGAGCCCGGGGCUGAACCGGAGAACGUCGUCAACUCCGGCCUCCUGAGCCCUGAGGGCCUGGCCGUUGACUACCUGCGGAGGAGCAUGUUCUGGGUGGACAGCGGACUGGACAAGAUAGAAGCAGCCAGGCUGGAUGGCACAGAGCGCCACGUCCUGUUCGACACGGACCUGGUCAACCCCAGAGCUAUAGCGGUGGACCCUCGGGGCGGUAACCUCUACUGGACAGACUGGAACCGCGAGGGCCCCAAAAUCGAGACCUCCACGGUGGACGGAGCCAACAGGAGGGUGCUGGUCAAGGAUGACAUCGGGCUGCCCAAUGCACUGACCUUCGACCCCCUCAGGAAGCAGCUCUGCUGGGCUGACGCUGGCACCAAGCGACUGGAGUGUGCGCAGCCAGAUGGCACAGGAAGACAUGUGAUACACAGCAACCUGAAUUACCCCUUCAGUCUGGUCAGCUACUCCAACCACUUCUACUACACGGACUGGAGAAGGGACGGGGUGAUGGCACUGAGCAGAGACACCAGCCAGUUCACGGACGAGUACCUCCCUGAUCAGAGAUCCCACCUGUACGGGAUCACAGUGGCCUACCCUCGCUGCGCUUCAGGGAGGAAGUAAUGGUGGAGCUAACGAGUGAAGUCUCUGCAGAUCUGUUGCUCGAGGGGGGAAGAGUACAUUUGAGAACACUUCCAGAGGAGAAGAGAAUUUGAGUGGAAGAUGGACAGGCUGGAGGGGGCGGGGGGGUGGAUUUCCAGGAUUGGAUGGGGGUCGUUUUUUAAACAGAUUUCAAACAAAAACAAAUCCUCGAACAAAAACCUCUUGUAAAAGUUUUGUAAAUUUCUUCUUUUUUUAUACCUCAUUUUUACUACUGUAUUUGUAUGUUUUUAAAAGAAAAAAGAAAUAAAGAUCGACAGGCCUGGAGCACAAUCAUAACGAAACAAAAACGGAGGGAGGGAGGGUGGAAGGGAGGGGGCAUCAGCCACCACAAGUGCUGCUUGUUUCUGUACCACUACAGGCAGCAUUGCAGUUAUGUAUUAACUGUGCACUAAAAUACAGCGAAGGCAAGAGACUCAAUGUCAAUGGCUUGUUAGCAUUGGUCAACAUCUAUUACUUUUUUUUCUGAGUCCUGUUUUUUUUUUUUUUUUUUUAAAGUGAGUUCUCUUACUAUUUCUAACAUUAAAGAUGUGAUCAAUGCUGUUGUAUCUCA